UCCCUUCAGUUCUGGCAGAUUCUCGGUCUACACACAGAAUCUGCCCACGGGAGAUUAGAUUUUUGGAAGUUUGAGCAAGUAUGCCUUGAACAUAUUGAUUAUAGUGUUGUUGCAUAGUUGGCAUUUGAAGAAGUCAGCCUACUUGACUUUUUUUGUCACUGCAUCAAAAUACCCUACAAAAACGUAGCAGGCUAAAACAGGAUUUUCUUGAAGAGCAUUGACUGUACGGCUACGCCCUGACGACUGCAGAAGCACACGGCACAGAUCGAUCCCUCUUCUAGUGAGUCAGGACGUAGGAACGAGGAAGUUGACUAGGGUGCAUACUAAAUACGGAAAAAAUAUCUGGCAAUAUCGCACAAGCAAAAGAUGGCAUCAGGUCCCCCACAAACAGAGCUGAGGCUGGUUCUGCUGGGUCGGACAAGAGCAGGACAGAGUGCAGCUGGAAACACCAUACUGGGCCGCCAGGCUUUCCUUACCCAGACUGCCAGUGAGCCAGCUGUCACUCAGGAAUGUGAGAAACACAGAGGAACCAUUGCAGGGAGAUGGGUAUCAGUGGUAGUCACCCAAGAUUGGUUCUGUUCAGAGCGCCCCCCGGAGGAGGUGAGGCACCAUGUCUCCUCUUGCGUGGCCCUGUCGGCCCCAGGGCCUCAUGCCUUCCUGCUGUGUGUCCCUGUGGACCGGCCGGCUGACAUGGAGCUGCGGGCCCUGGAGUCCCUGGAGAAGGUUUUUGGCUCCACUGCAGUCAGUGGACACACCCUGGUCCUCUUCACCCACACAGACCAGAUGGUUCUGGGACAACAGCUGGACGAGUACAUCGCCACCAGACGCAAAGACCUACUGGAGCUGGUGGUGAUGUGUGGAGACCGCUAUCACUCUCUGGAGAGGAGGAGUAGAGGAGAGAGGGAUGAGAGGAAGAGUGUGGAAGAGCUGCUGGAGAAGGUUGAACAGACUGUAAACGAGAGUGGGGUGGAGUUCUACAGCUGCCCCCUCUACCAGGAGGCUGAGGCCAGGGUGAGAGAGAAGCAGGCAGAGAUAGUGCGGCAGAGAAGAGAGGGAGGUGGAGGGGGAGAGGAGCUUGAUGAAGAGGUGCCCUCCUCAGCCUCACCUCCAGAGCAAGAGCUAGACGAUGAAGAGAUGGCAAGAGUUAGGGAGGAGGCAGAGCGGAGUGUGCACAACUUGAACAUAGACACCGACGGUAUCACCUCUCUUUCUCCUGCCUCCCCCUCUCCUUCCUUUCUCUCGUCCCUGUGGCAGGGGUUGACAGGGUGGCUGAGGAGGCUGCCCAAGAUGCUGAGGAUGGAGUCUCUGCUGGGGGCUUUCGUUGGCCUGUUUGUAGGUGGGCCCGUUGGGCGGAUGCUGGGGGCCACUGUGGGCUCAGUAGCCACUGAAGUGGGGAGAAGGAAGACCCUGAAGACAGAGAAAAACAAAUAAUGGCAAUGGGAUACAUAUCUCCAGUUAUUAACCUUAAACGGUCAUUUCACAAUUUUUCAACUUCAUAUUCAUCAUCUCCAGCACCACCCCAACAUCAACAUAUGUGAAAAUGGCGCAUUUCUAUGUUUUGUAGUAAAGAAGAUAGCGAAAGAUACGUUUUUCCAAUGACAUCAUCAACCAGUUAGUAGAUAAUGCCUACUCAUAAUUAGUCCAAAUCACACGAUGCACACCGCUGAUGUCAUUGGAAAAACGUAUCUUUCUCUAUCUUUCUUACUACAAAACAUAGAAACACACCAUUUUCACAUAUGUUGAUGUUGGGGUGGUGCUGGAGAUUGUGAAUAUUAAGUAGAAACAUUGUGAAGUUUCCCUUUGUCAUUUCACUGCACUUAUGUUUUAUUGUGCAAUUGGCUUGUAUUUGACCAACGUAAAGUCCUCACAAUACUUGUUAUAAUAUAUUUGUUGUUUCACUAUUGGCAUGCCUAUUUUGACUGGUCAUAUUUUCAAAACCAUGUAUUGUAGAACUUAUGGUAGGGCCAACUAAGGACUUCAAAUAGAGGGGAAGUUACAUACAUGAUCCACUUGGUGGAGACAUUGACCAAAACAUUGAAGUUGAACAUAAAAUAUUUGAGCUCAACUGAAAACAAAUACCUUACUGCUAACUAAAGGAAAUAAAAUACAAUUUCUAAGGCAA